UUGGUCUUAAUCACAUUCAAUAUAACUUACAAAUGCGGCCAUCAAUUUGCCAAUGGUAAACCCUUAUCUACAUUGGUAGAAUUAAAAAGUGGAGAAACCUACAACGGGCAUCUGGUGGCAUGCGACGAUUGGAUGAAUAUACACCUCAAAGAAGUCAUAUGUACUUCGAGGGAUGGUGACCGAUUUUGGAAGAUGCCUGAAUGUUACAUUCGAGGAAGUAUAAUAAAAUAUCUCCGCAUUCCUGAUGAUGUGAUUGAUAAAGUGAAGGAAGAUAUGCAACUUGCAAAAUCUAGAAAUCGCUCUCAAUCAAAUGAUGGUGCUGGGCGAGGCUUCAAUCGUAACAAAGGACGAGGUAGGUUAACUUACCUCAGGCAAUGGAAUUCAAUGGCCUGA